AGCCCUCUCGACACAAAAACACGCAGACACAGAAACACCCCUCUCUUUCUUUUCACUUUCUCUCUCUAGAAACGAUGACGAGCCCUUCUGCUUCUUCUCGCAAGGCGCUGAGCAAGAUCGCAACAAAUCGUCUCCAGAAGGAGCUAAUGGAGUGGCAGGUCAAUCCACCUGCUGGAUUCAAACACAAAGUCACUGAUAAUCUCCAAAGAUGGGUAAUUGAGGUCAACGGCGCACCCGGGACUUUGUAUUCCAAUGAAACGUUCCAGCUGCAAGUUGAUUUUCCUGAGCAUUACCCUAUGGAAGCGCCACAGGUUAUUUUUAUUCCUCCAGCUCCACUUCAUCCACACAUUUAUAGCAAUGGCCAUAUUUGUUUAGAUAUCUUGUACGAUUCAUGGUCACCCGCCAUGACUGUGAGUUCUGUAUGCAUCAGCAUCCUCUCCAUGCUAUCAAGCUCUUCUACUAAGCAACGUCCAAAUGAUGACGAACGCUACGUGAAGAAUUGUAGGAAUGGGAGGUCUCCCAAGGAGACGAGAUGGUGGUUCCAUGAUGAUAAAGUAUAAUGGAUUAUUAAUGAGUAAAACUCUGUAAAACAAAGUGCAAUCUUUCUCUUUGAUUUAAAACCUCAUGAGGUUUAGAAAGGAUGGAUAUGGUUCCCUUUCUUUUUCGUGUCUUAAAAAAAAACUAAGGUAAACUUUAUAUUUAAAACAGUUUCUAACUUAAGAGAAGAUUUGGGUGAAUUGAAUGGCUUAUGUAC